UUUCUCAGCGUGUGCUCCUCUGACUGCUCUAAUGGCCGAGCUUGUGGGCAGCAUGGUGGUCGGGCCACUGCUGUCCCUGGUGAAGGAGAAGGCGUCCAGCUACCUCCUUGACCAGUACAAGGUCAUGGAGGGCAUGGAGGAGCAGCAUGAGAACCUCAAGGUCAUGCUGCCGGCCAUCCUGGAAAGGAUCACUGCCGCAGAGAAGCAGGCAACCUCCAGAGAAGCAAUCAGACCCUGGCUUCAGAAGCUUAAGGUGGCGGCAUACGAGGCCAUCCAAGUCUUCGAUGAAUUCAACUAUGAGGCCCUCCGUCGUCAAGCCAAGAAAGAGGGGCGCUACAUCAAGCUCGGGAUGGGCAACCGCAUCAUGUUCCGUCGCAGGAUGGGCAACAAGCUUUGCAAGAUUGUGCGCGAUAUUGAGGCCCUUGUGAAGCAGAUGCGCGACUUUCGGUUCGACAAACAGCCACAAGCGCAGGUUCAGAUAAAUUAUCUGCGUGAGAAUGACUCCACCAUGGUUGAUCCAGAGAUUGUCAGCAGAUCCAGAGAUGAAGAGAAGCAAAAGAUUGUUAGAAUGUUGGUCAAAGAACAAGCUAACAAUAAGGAUCCGAUGGUCGUUCCCAUUGUGGGGAUGGGUGGGUUGGGCAAGACCACCCUAGCUCAGCUCAUCUUUAAUGACCCUGAAGUGAAGAAGCAUUUCCACCAACUAAUGAAGUGGGUCUGCGUGUCAGAUGAUUUCGAUGUUUGUAACCUUGCCAACAAGAUCUGCAACGCUUCUGAGAGCAACCUGGAGAAUGCCUUGCAGAACCUUCAGAGAGAACUCGCUGGAAAGAGGUACCUUCUUGUAUUGGACGACGUCUGGAAUAAGGAUGAUAACAAGUGGAACAAGCUGAAUGCCUGUCUUAAACAUGGUGAUGUUGGUAGCGCCAUACUAACGACAACACGUGAUAAAGAAAUAGCUCAACUCAUGAGUACAGGUGAAGAACAUGGCAUUGCACGUUUGGACAAUAAAUUCAUCAAGGAAAUUAUUGAGGCUAAAGCAUUCAUUUCGCAAGAGAGAAAACCAACUGAUUUAGCUGGCUUGGUUGAUGACGUUGUUGAGAGAUGUGCAGGGUCUCCAUUGGCAGCCAAGGCACUAGGAUCUGUACUACGUGGCAAGACAAGCACGGAAGAAUGGAAGGCUGUGAUUAGCAAAAGCAUCGCCCAUAACAAGGAUGAUCGAAUCCUGCCUAUUCUCAAGCUCAGUUACGAUGACCUGCCAUCACACAUGAAGCAGUGUUUUGCUUUCUGUGCUGUGUUUCCCAAGGACCAUGAGAUUGACGUGGAAAGGCUGAUCCAACUAUGGAUGGCAAAUGACUUUAUUCCCGAGCAAAAAGAUGUUCGUCAUGAAACAAUUGGUAAACAGAUUUUCAGUGAGCUGGUCUCAAGGUCAUUCUUUGAAGAUGUGAAGCAAGUCAAAGGGACAAGAUAUGGUUUCGUGUAUUGGUAUUUGUCUACAAGUACAUGUAAAAUCCAUGAUCUUAUGCACGAUGUGGCACUAUCUGUCAUGGGCAAAGAAGUUGCUACCAUAACUGAGAAGCCAAAGCAGAGUGAUGAGUUUCUUCAGAACACUUGUCGUCAUAUAUUGUUAUCAUGUGACGAGCCAGAGGCCGUUUUGAAUGAUUCUCUGAAUAUAAGGUCGCCAGCUAUACAAACACUACUACUUGGGGAAGAUUUCUUGCCGACAUAUAUUUUUUUGAAGGAUCCGCGCAUAAAAUCCCUGCAGCAUCUCGCAAAAUACAGCUCUCUGCGUGCAUUGAGACUUUGGCAGACUAAGAGCACAAUCCUACUGAAACCAAAGCAGCUACAUCUCUUGAGGUAUCUUGAUAUCUCGUUUAGUGAUAUAGUGGCACUUCCGGAAGAUAUCAGCAUUUUGUACAAUCUGCAAACGCUGAAUAUUUCUAACUGUUGGAAACUUGGUCGACUUCCAAAGGGAAUAAAGUACAUGACUGCCCUCCGUCACCUCUACACUCACGGAUGUGAGGAGUUGAAGCGCAUGCCACCAGAGGUUGGACAUCUCACUUCCCUGCAAACACUUACAGAUUUUGUAGUGGGUACAGGCCCUGAUUGCAGUAGUAUUGCAGAGCUGCAGCAUUUAAACAACCUUGGUGGUCCACUACUGCUUAGUCAACUCGAAAAUGUGACAAAAGCAGCAGAUGCAAAACAGGCCAGUCUUGGAAAUAAAAAGGAGAUCAGGGAAUUGUCAUUAAGCUGGACAGGUAGUGAGGAGGAGAAACAACAUUGUCAUAAGGUGCUGGAGGGUCUCGAAGCUCCUCCUGGACUAGAGGCUCUGAGGAUACAGCAUUACCAAGGAACCAGUUUCCCAACAUGGAUGGGUACGCUGCCAAAAAUGGUGGAGCUUCGUCUUUUUGACUGUAACAAGUCCAAUAAGCUUCCUCCACUUGGGAGUGUAGCAGCUCUACAAGUUCUUCAUUUGAAAAGAUUGAAAAAACUGGAAAGCUUGUGCAGUGGUGGUACAUUCUUUCACUUUCCUAAUCUGAAGGAGCUUACGCUGGAAGACCUGCCGGAAUUUGAUAGAUGGUGUGAAGUAAACUGGGUCCAAGGAGAACAGAUAAUGUUUCCUCAACUUGAGAAAUUGUUUAUUACAAAUUGUGGAAAGGUUACAGCAUUACCAGGGCCAGCACUUCUCGGAGGAUCGUGCUGUGGAGAUUCCAAGGAGCAAGACGAGAGGAAGCUUUGGUCGGCAUUUCCAGUCCUGAAGGUACUCAAAUUACAAUGCUUAGCAAAGUUUCAGAGGUGGGGGGGCGCUGCUGAAGCAACUCAAGGGCAGCAGAUAAUAUUUCCUCAGCUUGAAAAGUUAUCAAUCAAAAAGUGCCCCGAACUGGCAGCAUUACCAUCAGCUACAUCUCAGGGAGUAUCAUUUGACCAUAGUGAUGUUACAGCAUGGUCAGCAUUUCCAAACUUAAAGAAGCUCUUGUUAGAAGACUUAGAAAGUUUUAAGAGCUUGGGGAUGACGGAAGCAACUCAUGGUGAACAGCAGAGAUUCUCUGACCUUGAGACUCUGGGUGUUAAGAAAUGUCCGAAGUUGACAAUUCAACCGGGGGUGAUAGAAGCACCAAAGCUCGGUGUAUUAGAAAUAAAUGGCAGCCAACUGACAGCAAUAAUAGUGCCUACAGUUAUUAACUCAUUGUCCGAACUGGUGUUAUCAGUCGAAGACACAGAAACUACUUUACCAACUGUGCAUGGUGCCUUUGAGCUGGUGGACGCCAGUAAUAAAUACCCUCUGACACAUCUGGAGCUAAGCGGCUGCAACUUUCUGUUCCCCUCAAGUCCACUGGCACUAUGGGCAUGUUUUGUCCAGCUGCAAGAUUUGAAAAUUGAGAAGAUCAACCAUGCGCUUGUCUACUGGCCAGAAAAAGAGUUCCAGAGCUUGGUAUCCUUGCGGCACCUUACCAUUUGGAAGUGCAGUGGUCUGAUUGGGUACGUGAAAGCCGCUCCUAGCCAACCAAUAUCAGAAAGGAGCCAAGUUCUCCCCCGUCUCGAGUCUCUACGCAUACGGGAUUGUGAAAGUCUGGUAGAGGUCUUCAACGUCCCCGCAUCUCUCAAGACGAUGGAUUUGCACGACUGCCCUAAGCUUAAGUCCAUAUUCGGAGAGCUACAGGACGAGCCAACAUUCAAUCAAGGGCCCAGCGCUGCACCGAAGCUGUCAUCAUCGGCCUGGGAUCACUUACUUCCAUGUCUUGAAUCUCUAAAUAUACGGCAGUGCGAAAGCUUGUCAGAGGUUCUCAACCUUCCCCCAUCCCUCAGGGAAAUAGAUAUUUGGGAAUGCCCAGAGUUGAGAUCAGUCGAAUGUUGCUUGGGAGAGUUUGCAACCCUGGAACGCCUCGUUCUUAGUGAAUGCAAAAGCCUGGCAUCCUUGCCCGAUGGGCCACAAGCAUACUCAUCUCUCCGUCAUCUUCAAAUUACAUCAUGUCCAGGUAUACAAUCGCUUCCUUCAUCCCUGAAGAAGAGACUGGACAACCUCAUUGAUAAAUAUUUGGAUGCUCGUUACGAAGGUACCCAUCAAACUCAUUUGUCGUUUCACCAUCAAAUGCAUAAAUCUGCUCAUGUGUAUUUUCCUCUUCAACCUGAGACCCCGCAUUCUAUAAAUAUAUAUAUACCAGUCGCCUUAAAGCAUCCAUGCAGUAGUUUGGAUGAUAUGGUGUGA